AUGAAGUACGGAUCUGUUUUGGGCCUAUUGGCCGUCUCCGCCGUGGUCUCUGCUCAAUCCACCACCACUGAUGACUUUUCCGCUACUGCUAUCGUCGCGACUUUCACCAAGACGUCGACCUCUGGAUCCGCUUCCUCCGCCCCAACCUCUGGUGCUUCUUCUGCGCCAUCCUCUGGUUCCACCUCUGGUGCUUCUUCUGCUCCAUCCUCUGGUUCCACCUCUGGUGCUUCUUCUGGAUCCGCUUCCUCCGCCCCAACCUCUGGUGCUUCUUCCGGAUCCGCUUCCUCCGCCCCAACCUCUGGUGCUUCUUCCGGAUCUGCUUCUUCCGCUCCAUCCUCUGGUUCCACCUCUGGUGCUUCUUCUGCUCCAUCCUCUGGUUCCACCUCUGGUGCUUCUUCCGGAUCCGCUUCCUCCGCCCCAACCUCUGGCUCCACCUCUGGAUCCGCCUCCAUCACUUCCGGCUCUUCUUCUAUCACCUCCGGUUCUGCUUCCAUUACUUCUCUAAGCUCUAUCGCUUCUUCUUCCGCUUUCUACCCAAACAGCUCUGUUCCUCAAUCUUCUGGAAGUUUGACCUCCAUUGGUUCUUUGUCCUCUAACUCUACUGUUUCUGCGACUACCCUUUUAUAA